GUAAACACAUGUGGUCGAUAUAUUGAAAAAUUCUAUUGGCAACUGUUUUAACCGUAUUUCUUAAAAUAUUUCCAGCUGAAUAGUAACAACCAAUUAAUAUAUUUGCUUUUGUUUUUAAAAGAUGGAUAACAGACCUCCUACUUCUAAUAGGCCCUUAUCUGGUAUAAGGCCUUUCACAUCUCGAAGAAUGUCGACAGGUCUUCCUAGUCGAGCCGGACCACCGGGUACAGCAUCUCGUCUAAUCACAGCAGCUAGUAAUAGACCAGGCACCAGAGCUAGUGUUGCUCAAGGUAUUGGUGUAGCCUCUCAUAUUAUGGUUACUGAAAGACCCAUGUCACAACAAGGAUUGGUAACUCCAAGAACUGGAGUACGUACGCAGAGAAGACAGAUUCAAGAUAAAUCAUAUUUUAUUGGAUUAUUAAGAAGUAAAGUGAGUGAACUAACUGCAGAGAUUGCGAGAAUGUCAAGGGAAAUGGAAAGUUUAUCUAAAGAACAGUCCACCUAUUUGACUUACGAAAAACGUGCAGAAGCACUAGCUAUUGAAAUAAAAGAACUUCAAGGGGAACUUGCUGAUCACAAUCUUCUUGUAGAUAAAUUAAACACUGACACAGAAAUGAGUGAAGUACAAGAAGAGUACCAAGAUUUAAAAGCACAUAAUGAACAAGAAACUCAAGUUAUAGAUGAAUUAUUUGAACAACGUCAAGAAAAAGAAGCCCAAGUUCAACAGUUAGAAACUGAAAUAGAACAAGAACGUCAUAUGACUGAUAAUUUAAUUUCUUCAAUGAAACCAGAUUUAAGAAAAAAAUACUCAGAUUUGAAGAAAACCAAUCAAGAGCUUCAGACCCAAUUGGAACAGUUGCAGCAGAAAUCUGAUGCAUUAAACACACGCCGAUUAGCAUUAGAAGAGGAAUUGGCAUUAUCUCAGGUGAAACAAGAAGCUGUAAGUCUUUAUGAACGACUUAGAGAACUAGAAGAAAGAAGAGAUAAUUUAUUAGAAGAGGAGAGACUUAAGGGCACUCCUGCACAAGAAAGAGAACGCUUAUUGCAACAAGUGAAGGAUGAUAAUGCAGAAUUAGCAAGUAUUGAACGUCAAACUGCAGAAGUCAGAGAGCAAAUUACUCAUGCAAAAGAAGAAUUAGAACAAUUAGAACAAGAACUAGAUGAUCAUCAGGGAGAAAGAAGUAACAAAUAUCGUGAAUUACGUAAAAGAGAAGAAACAAUUGAUUCGUUCUUAUCUUCAUUUGAUGAUAAUAGAACAACUGAGGAAGAAAAACAAAAACAAUUGCAGAUAAACAUUGUUGCUCUUUUAGAGCGUGUUAGUCGAAAUUUAGCUCAUUUUCAGCAACUCCCAACACCGCAAGAAUUAAAUGUCCUGAAAGACGACUUGAGUGUCAAGGAAGGAGAGAUGGAAAAGUCACGUUCGACUGUAUCUACCUUAGAUCACGAACAGAAAAAAUUAACAAUGAAUUUACAGCAAAUUGAACAAUUGGAAACAAAGAUUCAGCAAGAAUUGGAAACAUUACAUCAGAAAAUACGUACCAUGGAAGAAGAAAUGGAAACUUAUAGCGAUUUUGAUGGAUUGAGAAGUGCCGCAGAGAAAAAGAGACAGCGAUUAACAGAACAAGAAAAAAUACUCAAAAUUCAUUCUGCUUCUAUUAAAAAGGCAGUUACAGAAUUGGAUGCAAAAUAUGAAGAGCUUCAGGCAAAAUUAAAUGAUAAUGAAACUUAUAUACAAUUAACAAAUCUGGAACGAAGAUGGCAGCAUCAGGAACAAAAUAAUUUUGUGAUGAAAGAAUUUAUUGCUAAUAAAAAAGCUGAAACAGAUUAUUCUUCAACUCAGAAAGAUGUAUUUAAGUUGACAGAUGAUUACAACAAACUCCUUCAUGAGGGCUUGAGUAGAGGAACACAUGGUUAAUAAUUUAAUUAGAACUUUUAUAUUUAUUGUAAGUAAAUGCUUCAAAAUAUCUAUUUAAAGCUGUUUAUGUAAGAAGCUAUAUUUCUUUUUUUAAGGUAAUAAAAAUUUAGUAUAUUUAUUUAUUUGUAACACACAAUAAAAUCACCUUGUUAUGAAUAUACUGUACAAUAAUAUUUAUAAUAGCAAGUUAUUUAAGCAAUGCUGUGAUGAAUUAAAAUCUUAAUUAUUAUAUCUAUAU